AUGGCGGGUCGAGGCGUGUCUCCCAUUCAACCCAUCUACGAGUUCGAUGACAACCGAGAAUUCGAUACCCGCCACCGGGUAGGCACCGAAAAAGAGUUCAGCAAUGAGUCCAGUAAUAUUGAGGUGUUCAACAGCGAAAGAUUCCAAUUUCGGGCAUGGGUAAUUGCUAGCCUUGGCCGAAGCAUCAAGAAAUCCCACUGGUUGUUCCUCGUCGCUCCCGGCGACAAAACCGAGUGGCGAUUGCCUCAUCAAGGCGAGACUUGUCAGAUCAAGCUCCUCAGCAAGACAGGCAGAACGGAGAAGUCAGAUUGGUGCGUUGCUGAGCGCAUAGAAAAUCCUGGCGCAAGUCUCGGCCUUUCUGAGGAAGAAUAUCAGAGCUAUUACGCCUUCAAGGUUUUUGCUCCUCACAAUGCUCAUAUUCGACCAAUGCUAGACGAAGAGGAGGGUGAGGACGCUGGACCUGCUCAAAAACCAUUGAAGCUUUGGCCCAGUAAGGCCGUCCUGAUCAAUCUCUUACUCCAUCUUUCAACAGCGACAAUAAACGCAGAGCUUGGAGCCUUGAAUACACUCGUCCACGACCACAAGAGAACCCGCACAUUCAAGCAACAGGCGGCCUUCCAAUACCUGAUGAACUUCAAGAAUCCAGCGUUCACUAUCGACUUAUUCUACCAUUUCCCCCAUCUGAAGGAUUAUAUCAGCAACCCCCACGAUCUGCCCCAGAAGUUGAUUUCCUUUCUCCAGGGAUUUGAUGAGCACCAACGGAUUGCAUAUCAACAUCUUCUUGCUAAACUUCCUUGUGGCAUCUGCAUCAUUCCCGGCGGCCCUGGUGCGGGCAAGACUCAUUGGAAUUUGAUUCUUACUUGUGCCAUCCAGUACGAAGAUUUAGUGGUGCAUGGACCUGAGAGCACAAACAAGCACGGCGCAAAAGUGCUGUAUCUUCUCGAUAUCGACAAGCCUUUGUUGGAUGACAUAGCGAACAAGAUGAUGCGGCUGUACAAGGAACUUGGGUUAAAGAAGAAGGCGAUCCGUUUACACUCCUGGCAGUAUGGGAACCAGGGCCUGAACCCUCGUUUCCUGGACAACUUCAUGAUCAUGGCACGCGUGAAGAGUUUUAAGCGCACUGGUCCUGCCACCGAGACCAACUGUAUCGCUCCGACUCUUGAAGAAGCUGUUUGGGAAUACUAUGAACAGAAUAAGGCCGGUAGAUAUUGCGAUUUGGCGUAUUAUCUGGCCACGGCGCUGCGGUACGGAAAGCAUACAGUGUAUGAAAACUUCAAAACUCUGGUGAACGACCUCUACGUGGAUACCUUGAAUACGAUUGACUUCAUAGCCACGACUACUGUAUCUGCCGCGACUCGCUUGGGCGGCUUCUUCAAGCCUGAUAUUGUAAUCUUUGAUGAGUCUCCGCAAGCAAGAGAGCUAUCUACUUUGGUCGCCAUCGCGAACUACGAGCCUUUAGCAUGGAUCCUCAGCGGUGAUCACCGGCAAACAGGGCCGUUCGUUAUCUCGGAUGAUCCUAGUGCUAAUCCAUUUGCGUCACAAUUGCUGGUUUCUACCAUGGAGCGAGCUCAUCGUGCUGGGGCUACCAAAUAUUCUCUCUUAAUCAACCACCGCGCCUUUGCUGGGCUCGAACGACUUGCCUCCAGCCUAUUCUACAAUAAUGCGAUGGUGUCUGGUCAUAAAGAAGACGAAUUGUUUCCCCCGACUGCCCGAUAUCUUCAGGUGUAUCUCGAGCGCUUUAUCAGUGGUCAUAAGUGCCAGGAGCCACGAAUAAUCGUCUGGAUGGACAAUAGUGGAGAGAUGCAGGAGGGCACUGGUUGGUACAACCAGGGACACAUGACGUGGGUGAUGCAGCGAGCGCUCGAGCUGCUGAAAGAUUCCAUGUUCCAGAGAAUCGAUAAACCCGAGCGUGGCACCAUCUUGAUAAUCGUGCCGUAUGUAGAAGCACUUCACCGUUACCAACAAGCCAUCAAGCAGCUACAACUUGGCUUGCAGCAACAACUUAACGUCGACUCGCGGUUGGAGGUUCGGACAAUCGAUACGGCUCGGGGAAGUGAGGCGGAUGUUGUCUUCCUUGACUUCGUUCGCCAUCAAGGCACGGAGUCCGAGAAUCAUCCUCAUCGUCUUUGCGUCGCGUUGACUCGAGCGAGACAGGCUGAGAUUAUCAUGAUGAAUCCUGGAAUGUGUACAAAGGGUCGCUCUUCCGUGCCCGCCGUGAAUCUUACAAGAAUCUGGAAUCACAGUGCCAGGCUGGGUCAGAUUGCGAGACUCCGCAGGAGAGGCUCCCCACUGAUGGAUAAGGAAUGGAAGCCGCCGAUCUUUCCACUUCCCCCUGGAACGCCGGGUAUUGCCAUUGACAUUGACAGCGAGAUCGUGGAUGGCAUGUCUAAAGAAGAGUUCCGCUUAACGAAACCAACGAGUCCUGCAAAGAUGUCUCAAGUUCCACAAACACCAGUGGUCGAAGUAUCCACACCAACCAUAGCUACAGGCGCAAUUCGAGAGUCCGAUACAGCGGUGAAGCCUCUGCAGGAGGAAGGCCUGAACAAACCUGUCAAGGAGGCAGUAUGGGAGGAAGCACUCAUCGAGAGAGGAUCAACCGAGAGACCGGUCGAGAGAGCACCAGUCGAAGAGGCGUUCAUAGAGCAGACACCGAAUACUUGUUCUUGGGCCGAGGACGAAGUAUGCCGCUUGUUAGAUGAUCUCACGCGUAUCGUUCCGGAGAGAUCCCUCCAGGAAGAAGACACCAGUAAUCUGCUCGGACACCUGACACGGACGGUUCAGGAGCCACACCUACUUCAUGGGGAUGCUCUCCGACUGGACAACACAGAACGCCCCAUGGCGCCUGUCAAUCUCCAAAUUCCAGAGGAGCCCGUCACGAAAAAUACAAAACGAAUCAUCGCUGAGAAAGACGCUCUGCCGUCUGGUAGCGAUUGGUGGUAG